AGUACUUAUAUCCAUGUGCAGCGCAACUACCGUUACUUCUUUAUGUUUGUUUCUUCUUCUGCCAUGCUGUGCAUCUUCAUAUUUGCAAUGUCGGCUUGGUAUAUAAAAUUUCUUAUGGAUGAUCAUGGAAGUGUCUGGAAAGCAAUGAAAGAGUCUCCUGCAUCGGUUAUACUAAUGGCCUACUGCUUUGUUUUCUUUUGGUUCGUUGGAGGUCUCACUUGCUUCCAUUUAUAUCUUAUAGGCACAAACCAGACCACAUAUGAGAACUUUCGAAAUAGUGGAGCACGUCUUGUUUAUGACCAUGGUUGCUUGAAGAACUUCACUGAAAUAUUUUGCACGAGGAUAAAACCUUCAAGAAACAAUUUCCGUGCAUAUGUUGCAGAAAAUGCACGAAGGCUUGCCAGGGCCACAACUCGAGAAGUGGAGAUAAAUGAUUCAGAUGGGGGCCAAAGAGAAAAGGUUGAAAAUGACCAAGAAAUUGAUGGUGAUCUCCUCAAGAUAUCCCAACGCCGUGAGAUUGAGAACUAAGUUAGGGGAUUGAACAAAAACUACAUUGUUCCAGUUGUAGGGUAUUGAUUUUACUUGUUUAUAAUGAGCAAUUUUUGUUACCACCAAAUACGCCUUUCUGGGUUAUUACCGAGGUUAUGCCCACAAGGUUUCUGUAAUUUUCAUUUAUAUAUCACCUCAAAAGGGUUUAGUUGUUUUAUGGAGGCACCCAAGAAAGCAAGAGAGACUAUGGCAGUAUCAAAGAAAGAAUAGGUUUGCUUCUCUCUGUAAGACUAGGGUCUGGGUUGUAUGGAUUUUCAGUCAUUGCAGCACUUGUUUGCCCUUGUC